CUAACAACGAAGCAUACGAGCAGCUCCCGGCGGCGAACAAUGGCGCGACGGAUCUCUCUCCUCCGAUCAUCUCUCCGCCGCCUUCUCAACCCUUCCCAAACCCCAACCCUCCUCCAUUCUCGCCCUUCUCUCCUUGUCCCCCUCCCCUCCUCUCCAUCCCUCGCUUCUCCCCUCCUCCGCCACCCCUUCAUCUUCUCUUCGUUGCCAUUCUCCUCAUCCUCGUAUCCCUCCAACAUCGUCGUCAUCGACUCUGAACAAGCCUUCAGCACUUCGCUCCAGAAAAUCCAGGAUGAUGGUACUCACGCGAUCUUUUACUUCACUGCGUCUUGGUGUCGUCCUUGUAGAUUUCUUUCUCCGAAGCUUGAGGGAGAUGAGCAGGGAGUUUCCAAAUGUUCAAGUUUUCAAGGUCGACAUUGAUUUGGAUGGCCUUGGAAGCACAUUAAGCAAGUUUGAGAUCUACUCUGUGCCAACACUUCACUUUUUUCAAAAUGGUAAGAAAGUAGGCACUGUCGUCGGUGCAGAUGUUGAACAAGUGAAAGGCAAAAUGGUAGAUCUUUAUAAGUAAGGUUUAACAGGUCAGGGUAAUCACUUGAGUGAUAGUAUUUGUUCAUCGGCCAGGGAUCUAGCUAAGCAUAGCACAAAACAUAAAGUGUUGUUGAUUUAGUGUUAACAAACUUUGUCAUUUUUGACAUUAAAACAUCUUUUUCCCCUGUUUUAAUAUGAAUUAUAUGAUAACUACAUAACUGGAUGAAUCAUUGGUGUUUGUGUGGAUGAUUAUUAGUCUUGGUAUAUAGUGGUACAAUGUCAAACAUACAACUCAGUGUUUUGGAGUGAUCUGACCAUGGUCAAUCCAGCAAGUUAGUGAAAUGAAAAGAGAGGGAGGGAGAGUGCAUUCACUGCAUCCUGCUGAUCCUGAUGAAGCUGGCCUGUCCAAUCUCAAAGAAGGUACAAAGGAGAAUGUGAGUGGUGUGUCAUUCACACCCAAAAGGCGGUGUUGGUUGUGCUUGUGCUGGUGCUUGUGCUUGAUGAGUCUUGAGGAUGGAUGGAACCCCAACCCCAAGACCAAUGGAGGUGGGAAGGCCAGCAUGUGAUCUCCCCUCUGGGCUUUCAUGUCUCUCACACUGCCCAGAAAGCUCAAAAGCUAUUCAAAAAGGAGCUGCAGAUAUAGGAUCCUGGCAGCCGUUAUAGCUGUAAACUAUGCAUUUGUUGCAUGUCAUGGUGACACAAUCAUAGGAUGUGAUGUUUCUUACAAAAACCCAAUUGAUA